AUGUUACUGAAACCGACUUCGCUGUUACUAAUACUUGCUUCUCUCUUACGGAUAAAGGUUUCGCUUACUAAUGUUUGUGUCUCUAUUACUAAUACAAACUACUCUGUUACUUGCUUUUCUCUCCCCUAUAUCCGCUUCUCUGGAGACAGAAAAAUGCUUUUCUCAUCUCUGUUACUGUUACCUGCUUUUCUUUUAAUCAUACCUGCUUCUCUUUUAAUCAUACCUGCUUCUCUCUUAUUUUUACCUGCUUCUCUUUUAACCAUACCUGCUUCUCUCUUACUGUUACCUGCUUCUCCUUUAAUCAUACCUGUUUCUCUCUUACUGUUACCUGUUUCUCCUGUAAUCAUACCCGUUUCUCUUUUAAUCAUACCUGCUUCUCUCUUACUGAUACCUGCCUCUCUUUUAAUCAUACCUGAUUCUCUCUUACUCUUACCUGCUUCACUUUUAAUCAUACCUGCUUCUCUCUUACUGAUACCUGCUUCUCUUUUAAUCAUACCUGCUUCUCUCUUACUGAUACCUGCUUCACUUUUAAUCAUACCUGCUUCUCCCUUGCUGAUAUCUGCUUCUCUUUUAAUCAUAGCUGUUUUUUUCUUACUGAUACCUGCCUCUCUUUUAAUCAUACGUGCUUCUCUCUUACUGAUACCAGCUUGUCAUUUAAUCAUACCUGCUUCUAUCUUACUGAUCCCUGCUUCUCUUUUAAUCAUACCUGCUUCUCUCUAA